UGAGCGGAGGAAUGUCAGUGGAGAAACUAGUUCCACUUGACAAUCAACGUUAUUAAAUUGGUAAAACAAGAUAUUGAUCUUGAUUGAUUGAUAUUGAUUUCAGUUAACACUUAAUGCCACACCUCAGCCUAUUAAAGUGCAACGUUAAAUGUCUUACAAACAUUCACAGUAUUGUCACCCGCACCUUGGGAGUUCUUUGUUUGUUUUUGCAAAACCGCAUAGCUCACCUGUCGUCUAAGCCACGCCCAUCACAUUGCACCUGACCACAAGGAAGCAAAGGCACGAACACUUGUCAUGCAUUAAUAGUGCACAUACCGUAGGGCCUAAUCGGUAAAUAGUCUUGCUACUUUAAACCAGGAUCAUGGUCAGAAAAUACAUCUUAUUUGGUCUUGUUUUGCUGUCUUACGUUUCCUGCAUUGAGAACAAAGACAGUUUUAAUGGGCUGAAAUUAAAACUCUCCAAGUACUCCAUUGUACAUCCUGAGGUGGUUCACCGCUGGAAAAGGAGCAACACACCGCCACAGUCAAAAGACAAAAAUGGAGAGGAGACAAUAUCAUAUGCGGUCAACAUAAACAACAGAAAGCACCUGCUUCAUCUGAAAAAGAACAGAGACUUUUUGCACCCAAACUUUGUUCAGCACUCAAGUGACGCCACUGGCAACCAUCAGACAUCAUAUCCAAAGCAGCAUGUGCAUUGCUAUUACCAUGGAGAGGUGGAGGGAUAUGAGGAUUCAGUGGUAGCGCUCAGCACAUGCUCUGGCCUCAGGGGUGUAAUCCUCCUCGGAAAUGAGACUUAUGGACUUGAGCCUGUGCCACAGUCUGCCACCAACGAGCAUCUUCUGUACCUACUGAAGGACACUGACUCUGGGCCCGUCACUUGUGGGGUCGUCAGUGAGGCUGCAUCAACGCAAAGCCAUGAACCCUUCGAGCCGGGCAAAUCACUGACUUCACUGCUGCGGAGGAAGCGUGCUUUACCUCAAACCAGUUAUGUGGAGUUGGUGCUGGUCGCCGAUAAUCUCAGGUAUAAAUUUAAGAAAAACAACGAGACAGCUGUACGAGAGGAAAUGGUGCAGAUGGCUAAUCUCCUGGAUGGGUUUUACAAGCAACUGAAUAUCCGUGUGGUGCUGGUGGGCCUACAAAUUUUUAAGGAUGCUAACCCCUUUGAGGUGGAAGGAGCUGCAGGAGAGGUGUUGGGCAGGUUUGUCAAGUGGAGGAGGAAUACUCUCUUACCAAAGAUCAGGCAUGACAUGGCUCAACUCCUUGUUGGUCGGCCUAAACCAUACAAUGGCAGCAUCUUAGGUAUGGCCUUCGUCGGCACCGUCUGCAGCGUAUCGACUUCUGGAGGAAUCAACGUGUUCAGUGCGGACAACCUGGCUUUUGUCUCCGCUGUGGUGGCCCAUGAGAUGGGCCAUAACCUGGGCAUGAAUCAUGACCGCGGUGGCUGCAGCUGCAGUACAAAAAGCUGCAUCAUGGCAGGCGGUGCUGGGGGUUCCAGCACUUUCAGCAGCUGCAGUGAAAAAGACUUUGAGAAUCUGAUCGUACGUGGAGGAGGCACAUGUCUGAAAAACCAGCCCUCCGCGUCAGACGUGGUUGAUGUGGCUGAAUGUGGUAAUGGCCGACUGGAUAAAGGAGAGCAGUGUGACUGUGGCAAACCAGCGGAAUGCAAAAAUAGAUGCUGUGAUGCAGCCACCUGCAAAUUAACAAGUGGGGCCGCCUGUGCUCAGGGAGAGUGCUGCGAAAACUGUCAGAUCAGAGUUUCUGGAACACCAUGCAGAGGGUCCGCCAACACUUGUGAUCUUUCUGAAUACUGUGAUGGCACGACGGAGUUCUGUCCAGAUGACUUCUUUGUCAUGGACGGCCUGCCCUGUCAAGACCAACGAGCUGCUGCAUACUGCUAUGAGGGACGAUGCCAGACGUAUGAUUUCCAGUGCAAACAUCUAUUUGCACCAGAUCCAGCAACAAAGGCAGCGGAUAUUUGUUUUCAGAAUGCAAAUAUCAGGGGAAACAACUUUGGUAACUGUGGAAUGAACAGCAAAGGAGAACAUAUCAAAUGUACUUUAGCAAACUCCAUGUGUGGGAAGUUGCAGUGUGCCAACGUGGACCUCAACACCCCCCCUUCUGGUGCCCAAGUCAGUGUCGAAGAAGUUCAAGGGGAAAAGUGUAUUAAUGCAAACUUCAACCUCGGCCCAGAUGUGCUAGAUCCUGGCUACGUGAACUCUGGCAGCCCUUGUGAGAAAGGAAAGACCUGCCUGGACUUUAAGUGCUUGAACGCCUCUGCCCUGCUGCCCAACUUGGACUGUGAUGCCCAGACCAAAUGUAACGGCAAAGGGGUAUGUAAUGACCAAGGGAACUGCCACUGUGAAAACGGGUGGGCCCCACCUAACUGUGACAAGUCAGGGCGUGGUGGCAGCAUAAACAGUGGUCCUGCUCAAAUAGACUACUCCCUCAGGAACGGACUGUUGAUCUUCUUCCUGUUGGUGGUUCCUGUUCUGGUUCUUCUCAUCCUGGUGCUGCUCUUCAUCUUCAGAAGAGACUCCCUGGACCCGUGCCUAAAAGGACGAAGCCUCAAGUCACGUAAUGUCCCAAAUGUAAAUGCAAAUGGGCCUUCAAACGGCACUGUUCAGACAAGUGCCACAACCCAGCCUCCAUCACAGGCUCCUUCUGAUGGGCCUGGGUAUCCACCAGCUACUGCAGUUCCAGUUUCUGGUUUAAGGUAUGGAGAACUGAAUUAUUGGAAUGACGGGCAAAGCGCUGCCACUGCACAACCACCAGCUCCAAGGCAGGGCCCUGGAGUACCAAGACCAAUCCCUACCAGGCAGCCACCUAGUUGAUUCUCAAGUGUAUUGUGAAUAUAUGUAUGGAGUUUAAUACAGCUCAACACUUUAUAAAGAAACACGUUUAAAACACUGUGAUAACAAAAUACUUACUGUAACUUGUUGCCAGCACCUUUUUUUAAGGUUAAGUGUAGAAAUGUGGUGGUGGAUGAGGCUUAUAGACAAGUAAAUAUUUAUUGGAAUAUCUGUGUUUUAUUCAAUUUCUGUUUAUCACUCAUUGGAAAAUCAUGCACACAAAAUAUUUUUUUAAAUACCCCUAAACAUUUUGUAUUUCAUGUUACUAUGUACUCAAUUAUUUUAAAGAUUUUGAUUUCAUGAAUGUAAAGAUAAUAAUACAAUAUAUCAGGCAAUGGGCUAAAUUUGUGUAUCUUUUUGUGAGAGUGUGUGUUUCUUGGAAUUGUAGUAAAGCUGUACUGUCAGUGUAGUUUGUUGAACUCCUGUAAUAUAAUUAUACAUGAGAGGCACAAACUGGGCUUAUGGAGGUGUCAGAAAUG